UGCUUUUUAUUUUAGUAUAAGUCCUCUGCAAGAAAGAAAAGCAUAAAACAAAACAAAAUUUUAAAUUUCAAGUAAAAAGUGUUUUGAUUUUCUUUCAUUGAUGUUUUUAUUGUAGUUGUUAUCAAUCAAUAAAAGUAGUGAGAUUCCGAUUAUUUACUAAGAGUAUGAGAUACAAAAUUUUCAAGCUGAAACUAUCAAAUUUAUGGAAAGAUAGUUUGGAUAGAAAUAAUUUUUAUUUUUGUUGAUUGUCAAUUUUUUAUAUCUUUACUAAUUUGUGUUUACAUAUAUUUAGAUAUUAUGUGGAAGUGUCAUAAGUGUGGAAAACCUGUUUAUUUUGCUGAAAGAAAGCAAUCACUGGGUUACGACUGGCAUCCAGAGUGUUUGCGUUGCGAAGAAUGUGGUAAAAGAUUGAAUCCUGGCCAACAUGCAGAGCAUAAAGGUGUGCCAUACUGUCAUGUGCCAUGCUAUGGAGCUCUGUUCGGGCCCCAACUCUUUGGCCAUGGAACUAGAGUCGAAUCACACACUAGCUUCGGAAAAGUCGAGAACAAGUCUUGUGGGCCCAAUAUGCCAAGGUCUCACUUAGAAUCAAAAUUGAAAAACUAUAAUCAAUUCUUUGAUGGCAGAAGUGGAGAAGUUAGAAGUAGAGAGGUGAAUGGAAGGCUGGUGUUGGAAGGUGCACUAAGAAUAUACUGGGGAGUGAUGGGUGUUAUCCACCUCAAGGAGGACGAUGACCAACGAACUGUUGUAACCAUACGAAAAAGAAACUCAUGCCGCAAUUCGAUGUUCAAUGGAUACGAAGUCAAGGUAGAAGUUCAGCGAGUUGAAGGCAAUGAUGAAAGUGUGGAUACGAGUGAUGGACUAGCAAGCGAGACGAGUGAGGCCUGCUCCGAUGAAACUGAGAAAACUGAUCUCUCAUCCAACAGCUCAUCGCUCAUUGGAAAAUGUCUCACUCUUCCACCCAAAUUGGACCUCAAGCAGAUUGACUGGGAUGAGCUAGAUGAACUUUUACAGGUUGAAAGAGAAGUUAACCAGAAUGACAAACUUUACCAGACAAUGCCAACCAGCUUGAACUCGUCUAGGAGCAUAACCGACGACGUUUCGGAGAGUUCAACAUCACACACAGUUCAGGAGAACGGAAAACCGGACACCGUCAAUAACGGAAACGGCGCUGGCAUCUCGCCCAACGACGAAGUCUUCCAGGACACCUAUUCGCAAACAUUUGAGGACAGCUUGGAAGAGGGUUCGAUGGAGAAGAGUAUGGACAGGUCUUUGAGUGUGCCAGAGAGCUUCGAUUUGAGCAGUGAUGAGGAGGAGACAACUGCCGAUAAAUCAGAAGACGCGGCGGUUGUUCGACGGAGGACAGGGUCCACGUCGAUAAAACGCCGCUCGGGUCAGAAGCGCAUCAGAAACGCCAAACUGAAGCGACGCUGCUCCAUCAACGGCCAUUUCUACAAUCGAGAGACCAGCUUCUUCACGCCACCUUUUGGAAGUCAGAUGUCCGUGUGGGUGACGUCACUGGUCUCCACCCAAGAAGUUAUCAACCUCAUGCUCGACAAGUACAAAGUCGAUAGCAAACCGAACAAUUUCGCUUUGUUUGUUGUGCGUGAUAAUGGUGAGCAACGUCGCCUGCGAGACGACGAGUACCCUCUGCUGGUGCGUGUGAUGCUGGGUCCUCACGAGGACGUGGCCAAGCUCUACCUGAUGGACAGGCACAGCACCGAGGAGAUCAGCUGCGAGGUGGCGCAGUUCCUCAACCUGAGCACGGCCGAGUGCAAGGCCAUUCUCGAGCGAUACAACCACGAGGAGGACCGCGAGAUCAAACGAGUUCGAACCAAAUUCCGAGAGAUGAAGAAAAGAAUAAAACAACGAAUGGAAGAUCUUAGCGUAAGGUUAUGAUUUCGAUUCUUAUUUAAUAGGCUCAUUUACAUUCACUAAUUUUAGGCUAAAAACACAAUUGAGAUGCACUAGAAUAUUUCAAUUUUUAUUAGUUUUUACAGAAUUUCAUAGCUGAAGAGUUUAUUUACACUUUUUUAGUUCAGUAAUCUUAAUUAUCGCUCCAUUCCAAUGAAUUCUCAUUGGAAUUUAAUGGCAGCUCAAGGCAAUUACUACUAUUUUAAUUUCGUUUUAGUUACUUUUACUAUAAAAUAGUAAGACAGUGUUUUUAUAAUUUUUUAUAAUGUUUUUCAGUAAAACUUUUAGUUUUAAGCAAAUUUUUAUUUAUUUGAAUGAUUUGCGAAAUUAUGUUCUUUAUGAAGAAAUAGUUGUAUUCAAUCAUCAAUCAUUACAAAGCUAAAUACUCUUUAGUCUAUAAAGAAACAUGAGCUUUUCCAUGUUGCCUAGUUUUAGUAAGCUUAGUCUAGUUACCUGGAUUUGAUUCAGAUUAUCUAUAAUAUUGUAUGUUGUGUAACCGCCCCCAAUAGGGGUAGAAAAUCUCUAAAAUACUCAAGGGCGAGUCAUGGGACUCUAUAAACAACAAACUUUUGAAUUCUAUUAAACUUUUUAUCGACUGAACUAACUACUAGAAAUUUUGACAAGUAAUCUGCAAAAAAUUAUUGCACAUUCUUCAACUCAGAACUGAAAACAGAACUCAGAACAGAAAAUUGACUCACUAAUAUUAAUCUUCAACAAACAUUCACUUUAAGUAAUUCAUAAACUACUUCAACCUUACCCACGGCGAAAAAAUAAUACACAUUUACAAAUUUAAACAAUAAACAAAUUCAACAAUCACGUUUAUUUUGGGCCCUCGUGGCUCGAGGCUAUCUCUGGAUUUUAAUGUGAUUCCGGCUGCGGCUAGAUUGGAAUUGUAGUUUCCACGCAAAUUAUGUUCCCCUUCCACCAACAAGACGACGGUCUACUUGGAGACAGAGCAUAAUUCCGUGGGAACAAGGAAAUGCAAGUUUGAAAUAUUCUCAAAUGCAGUUUAUUUUCGAUCGCUAACGGAAAAUACAGUUCCGUAAGAAUGCCUCAACCCAGCAUAACAUUUAAAACUGACUGACUUCCCGGACGCAAGUUGGCAAAAUCUUGAUGUGAGAAUAUUUUUCUAAAGAAAAAUAAAUUUUCACGAUGAAAAUUUACACAGAAAAUUCAUUAACGCUGAAGUUUGAUUGAAAAAAGUCCUAAUUCUACACUUCUUAAAUAAGCCAAAUCAAUAAAUAGAUUUUCAAUAUUAUCACCAUUACAGUUGAAAACUAACGAUUUUGAUUCGACUUGAACAAUAAAAAAGUGAUUAAUUAAAAAAAAUGAAAUCGGAUUAUUCUGUUGUUAAUGAUGUAUGAAUUAGGUCGUAUUCUUUUUGAAUGUGUUAAAUUCUAUUGCACUACACAGACAGUAUAAACGUUUUCAACUUCAUUAACUUUCAAUUACAUUUGAAAUCGAUAAUUACUAUUGCAGAUGAGAUUUCUAUCAAUAGUUUCUGUCGGAAAUAUUUUUUUAAAGUCUGACUGUCAAUAAAAAAUCAAUCAACUUCUAGAUAAGAUAAUUGUGUUCGAAUAAUAACCUACUAUAAUAAUGUGUUAGUAAAAUUCUUAAUAUCUUAGUAAAUGUUAGUGGAAUACUAAUUCUCUUCGAAGGCCUUAUAGUUAGGCGUAAUCUGGAAGUAAAUUUUCAAAUUUAAAUAGUCGUAUAUUAUAUUAUGUAAAAUGAAAUUCGUGUAUCAUUGUGAAAAAUGUUCUUAUCUAUUCAUAGCUAGUAUGUUUUCAUUCUGAAACAUUCAAGUCAAUUUGAAUUUCUAAAUUCAAGUAGAUGGCCUGAUACCUACUGGAUCUAGGAGGUCUUUCUAGUAAUUUAAAAAUACUGUCUCUUUUCAAAAUUUGAAAUUAAUAGAGGUACUAUUAUAAACCACUUAUGGGUGUUAUAUUAAGUAGGUACAGUAUUGUAAUUAAAGCUAGAGAACUAAUUACUUGUUAAAAAAACAAAUAUAUGUUGUCUCAGUAAGCAAACUUUCUCAAUAGCUCAAAAGAGGUCAAUUGAUCUCAAAACUCUAUAAAAACAACCAUAAUAGCCGUUCAAGAAACAGUAGAUUCUUUGCAAAAAGCUUCGACACUAUGGCGUCUGGCACUACUAUCUGAAGCUGAUUGAUAGGUACAUUAGACAGGUCGUUGAGAUUAUUAAUCGUAAAUCUCAAUGGAGGUAGAGCAGAAAAUAUCAUCUUCACUCUUAGAAGAAAAAGUAAAAUGCAAAAACGUCUUACUUAAGAAAACCAUCAGAAGGUGUAUGCCUUUCACCAAUAAAUCCACAUAAUAAUAUAAUCUGCAUUCAACGAAUAUAUACUUCUAUAUUCUAAAGAAUCUAUUUAUAUUCUACAAUGAAAAGCGCUCUUGCACAGCCGGUAUAGUGAGCAAUAUUCGUAUCCCCUUAGCAUUUCCUCGUUUAUACUGUUGUCUUGGUUAUGAUCGUUAUCUCUGGGAUCGUUAUUCAAGUUGUGUCUUGGGUUUCUCAUAAUAUGAGUCGUUAUUUUUUCAGUGACAGUCGCUGGGAGCGAAGUAGUAGUGCGUUGCGCAGAAGUACUCUUCGGCUUUUAUCACAAGACAUUUGAUGAAAACCUGCAACACACUGAUUAAUUAAACAAACUUUUCCUUUUUGAUUUUACCCAAUCAGCACUUUCCACGUCAUUAUUAAUAAAUCUAAGAAUAUGAGACCCACAAUUCGGUUUCUUAAGUGAUUGUGAAGUAUACAUCGUUUUGUAUUCAACUCUGUCGAACAGAAGACUUGUACAGCAGUCUCUUCUCAAGUGCUACACAGAGCAAAGUACGCAUGAUCCCUGGCAAUCUUUCUUUUACCAAACCGAGGUGAAGUGGCUCGCAUGAUAAAUGAAAGUAUCGAAUACUUUCUUCAGCGGAAACUUGGAGGGCAGCCAACAUAACUUAUGCUGCUGCUGCUGCUGCACGAGAUGUCUGUCAAGCUCUUUGGGCAUUUCGAAAGGUCUUCUAUUGGGCAAUUGUAAAAUCACUGGCAUUAGAACAAGGGACCAUGUUCAACGACUUAGUCUGACUGCCAUCAAGUUCUUCACGCUGUCUGUCACAAUCCAACUCAGAAUCCGUAAUUCCAAAAUCAGAAGAUUCUUGCUUUAUUGCUACUGACGAUCUGUAAGAUGUUCAUUUCGAGGCUUUAUCUGAUGAUAUAUUAUACCCUUCAACACAUUCAUCUUCCUUUUUGAUUUGAACAGCACCUGCCUGUUCACUCUUGUUUAAUGUUCAAGUUGUAGACAUGACUAUUUUCAUCAUUAUUAUUAAAGUCCUCUCUUGAUUUUAGUUCAUCAAUAAAUUUAUUCCGCUCUAGGACUACUAUCGGCAGUGAAAAUUUUCCUUCAACUGAAGGGCCAGUUCGUGAGCUGUAUUAGGACUUUUUUGAUUCAAUGCUCUCUGUAGUAAUGCCUCUUCUUCUCUCAACUUUGAUUCUUUCUUUCACCUCAGAUUGGGGGCGUUCCAAUUCUUGAUAUUUUUUCAAGUUGUCUUCAUUAUAUUUUAGUAUUCUGUCGGCUUUCAACCAUUGGCCCCACUUCUUGUUCCAUCCCAUACAAUGAUACUCUCGUGAGUUAUCCUGUUCACAUAUUCUUACUUGCUCACAUUUCAACUCAUAAAUGACUUGUCCAUGAAGGCAGAGCACCUUUUCUCCAGAUUCAAAUUUGUAUUCAAUGGCACGUGUAUUGGAUUGAAUCUCUUGGAGCUGACAUCUCAAGAGAAUAAUUAGAACAAUAAAAACUUGCAAACCAUAAUUCUAAUUUCAAAUAACCUUGAGUAAUAAACACCGAAUCACAAACACAAUUUCAGUUCUGGAAUCAUAUAAAAUCAUUUUUUGGAAAUUUUUUUGGAGGGUUAAUUUUGCCAAGCACAUCGUCCCAACCGUAGGUGUGAACGUCCUCUUUUGUAGGCCACUUCCACGAUUUCAUGGAGGGUUGCAUGGCUGCUAUCUUUACAUCAUCUUCAUUAAUUUUAACGAUUUUACCAGGAAACGUUUCUCCCUCAUGAGUAAAUAAUACAACAUGCUCUCCUACAUCUCUUACAUCAUUCUUCUUUCAGAUUGGGAAGUCUUUGGAAUCUUGUUUUUCCCUCUACGUAUGACAAGAGAAUUUCCUCUUAUUUCUAUUCAGCCUCCAAGGCUUCUACAUAUUUUAAAAAAUCAUCAAUAUUUUCCUCUUUAUCUCCACUUGACUUCAGCGAACUUGGUGCUUUAUUUCUAAUUGAAAUGAUCUUCUUCUUUUCUCUUUUACAGCGUUUAGCAGAUAGCAUUGGCAGUUUUUUGUUCCAGGGGUUUCUAAGUCAUCUUUAGGUUGUAGGUCUUCUGGCCCAAUACCUUUUCUAGCAUCUACUUGCAGUGAUUUGAGUCGAGGUUUCUUACCUUGAAUGUCAGUCCACUGUUUCCUUCUUUCUUCAAGGGAUUGUUGGAAAGAAUCUUCAAUCAAUCCUUGAGGGUCCUAUGUUGUUUGGGGUAAUCGUGUUACCACUUCUUCCAGGCUGAGAGGAAUAAUUCCACACCUUUUAAAUAGGAUUUUCUCUGAAAUUUGGUUUGAUUGCAUCCAUCAACUUCUUCAAUAGACACGGAAAUUGAGACUUCUCGAGGUUGCCACUUUUUCACUCAGAACCUUUGCUCUAUUGUGAUAAAAUUUUGCGCCAAGCUUUUUUCAUGGGAGCAAAAAUAAUGUCAUGGGAGCAACGUCCAGUGCUGGGUGCUGGGUCAAGUGUGUUCUGUUGGGUGGAAGACACUCAAAUGAGAUAUCGUUGCUAGAGCAAAGCUCCAACACAUCACUAGUAAUGUGGGUACACAACAUAAGGUGGAAGGAGGUCGCCUGCAGCACUUCCACCCAUCAUCAAUGAUAUACUGGUUUUGCUACUGUUGCGAAUUCGUUCCGGGUAUUUGCAGCCUUUUUUGGCUAUGACUUUCUUCUUACCUGGGUCAUCGGUUAAAUUAGAUUCAUCACAAUCCCCUCAUAUAGUGGCUGCUGGUACAUCACCAAUAACUUCUUCCAGGUUGCUGAUACAUUCAUUCAAACCAUCUUUAUGUACUGUCGCCCGACUUCUUUCAAUGUCGACCCAUUCAAGCUCGGAUGGCGCUUGAGGAACGACAAUGCCCAUUUUUCACCUGGCACAUUUUUUUAAAUCUGGAUAAAGUUCCACCUAUUUUGUUCAAGUACGCAUGGACAAUCAUUCUCAAAUCAAGCGUACCGUGAGAUUUCAUCUGGUUGAUAGCAAGCUAUGAAUUAUUUUGGAGUCUAUCCAAUAACGGUUGUAGUUUAUACAAUUUAUUAAAUUGUGCAGAAUUUAAUUCUUGCUCGCAUUACCGAAUUUUCAUUGCAGUGUAAAUGUGACAAAAGUCAUCCAAACCUUUUGACAUUAAUCAAUGAGCUGAUAUUUCGACGCUGAUCAUUCAAAUCUGGAAAAGUUGACCAAUAAUCCCUGUAAUAUGGCAAUGAUUUUAUGUCCAUUAGAAGGUUGAUACCCAAAAAUGUUUCCAUUUUCUGCUUAUCAACUGGCUGAUAUUGUUUUCCUUCUUGUGUUGUAUAUAAAUUUGUUUGUAACACAAGCAUAAUUAUCAAUUAUUAUGCUAUUAUCAAAUAGUUCACAAAAUAUAUCUAUUGGGGAUGCCAGUAAUUAUAUCAGUUUGACCAAAUUGUGAAUCAAAUUCAAUUUUGUCUCUAUUGAUUGUUAAUAGAUUGUUUAUCUGUACCCCAGACUGGAGGAGCUACUUCAAAGUUGUUAUCACCUGCAGGCAAAUUUUGAAUAAUAUUCUCUUUCUCAAUAUCAUCACUAUCCAGUACUUUUAUCUUUUUUCUCGAUGACACUCCAGCUGUGGAAUAUGGACUCACAGCCAACCAGUUGAAAAUUUGAAGCUUAGGAAAUAUUUACAACACUGUUCCAAUAAUACUAGUGUAUGUCUACUGCGAAUACAUUUACAGGGUUGAAAGUGAAAUAUUGUUCCCGAAAAAUGUAUGUUUCAAGCUUUUGAAGAUAUAAUAAUGAAAAGAGUAUUCCAAAUGAGACGAUUCUCUCUAAUAUAAUAUUUUGCUUAAUUCUAAAUACUUUGAUGGUAAAAUGAAUUGGAUAUCUCUCACAAUAACUGAAUAGCAAGCGAUAUAAAAAUUUCUGUCAAUAAUGUCUUAAAUUUUUUAAUGAUGUCGAAUAUUUUUGCCGUUUUCAACAACAUUCUAUUAAUACCAUUUGCAAGUCUCUAUCUUGAAGUAGUCAUGAAAAAUCGUAUGCGUACCUCAUGCGUAUGGAAAAACACACCAUAAAUCAUGCAAGGUUUUAUUUGGAGGGCGCUGGAGAACACAUUUAUUGACGUACAGCGCAUGAAGAUAUAUCGUUUUGAAGCUAAGAAAACUAUCCACAUUUCAUAGAUUUAACAUUUAUCUGUAUCUCUUGCACAAGAAAGUUUAGAAAUAGGAUACUAAUAGAAAGAAAUUUUAAAAAAUCAAUAAAAAUGUUUUGUAGGGCUUUUGAAGGUUAAAACUCAUAUAAUAUGCGUUUUAGAGGAAAAUUUUAUUGAACGAAAAUUGUAGAGGAUGAUUUUUGGAUUAUUGUCGUCCAAAAAACGGUUGAAUAUCUUGAACGGUUAUUGAAAUACAAGCGAUAUAGCAAAACCCUAAAAAUAUUGGUGGUCAUCUUGUUUUCGAGGUGUUUGCCUAUGAUUUCGACUUUUCAUCAUCGCGUUUCUUAAUACCAUGCUACACCCAACGAAGAAAUUGAGACAUCUUCUACAGUAUUGUAGAAGAAAAAUGACCCAAAAAUGACCUCAGAAUGACAUUUGCGCCCGGACUAACCUGGAAGGAGCAAAGUAACCCAAAUCGACGGUACCAAUACCUUCGAUAAAUGGAGGAAUGAUUUAAAAAUUCAUAGGUUAUGACUGUUUGAACAUCUCAGCAGUACAAAAUUGAAAACUUCUGAAUUGAAAUUCGAAGAUACUCUGUAAAAAUACUAUUAUUUUUAGGAACUUGUAUUCAACAGCACAAGAAGACUGAAUUAUAUUAUAAAUUUGUUUUAUUAUUGCCUUAUUUUUACAACUUGAUUAUUAGUCUUAUUCUGUUUAUUUGAAGAUUAGAUCAAUUCCUUUUUAUAUUCCUUUUAAAAUUUAUGGAGAUUAAUCAUGUUCUUUAUUCAUGGAAUACAAUGCAUUCACACAACAAUGAUAAUAUAUCUAAUUUAAAAGAAGAGUUAAUAGUAAGAUUUACUUCUGCUAUUUUAUAAGAAAUCAUAUUUUCAACAUCAUAAUUAUGCCAAAUUUAAGAAUGUGUUUCUUCCACAAUCACUUCAUAUUUGAUUAGUCUCCUACUUAUAGAAAUGUAUUGAGAACCUUGUCUUAUAACUGAACUUCCAUAUAAUCUUUUAUGUUGAAACUAUAAUUUUAAAGCUUCCGAAUUGCAUUUUCAUGUAUUUCGCAAUUUUAAAAUAGGCAGCUAUUCACGCAUUUCGAUUCAGAAUUUAAUGCUGUCCUGCAUUGAAUACUGCACUGUACUAUUAUUUGUUGAAUGAACGAUCUUAAAAUUAUUACCUAUAUUAUAUCUAUUACUCAUACCUCGAUACCUGUAGAAUAUUCAUUUCUUGUUGAAAUAUAAUUAUUUAAGAAUCAUAAUUAAUAAUAUUGUUUCGUACAUUAAUGAUUUGCCACCAUUGCUAUAAGAUUUCACUUCUAAUUAUUUUAGUGUAAUCUUAAUUUUUAUAAUCAUUAUCUUCUAGAAUUUGGUUUGAAAUUCAUCAAACAGAUGUGUUGUAACCUAUUGUUGUCAAAUAAUGUUUUACUUCUAGAAAUCUCAUCUUAAGAGUUUUGAACAACUUGAAUUCGAUUCAUUGAGCAGGUUAUAGAGAGGAUCUAUAAAAGCCAAAUCUUAUUCAACUGUUCCAGUCUACUGCAUCAAUUAAAUAAACUAUUAGUUUAAUAAAAAUGUAGUAGCUCUGUUUUGCGCUCAUUCAACUCUAUAAUCAUUCCACGCAACUACUGUAAGUCUAUCAAUUAUAAUUGUUAAGCAAGCUAGAGCAAUAAAUUAAUAAUUAUUCCAUCAGACUCAAUGUCAAUUGAAAUAGUUAUAAACCCAUUGAUGGAAAUUUGAUGCUUCCUGAAUAGCUAUUAAACAAAGUUCACUCUAUACUUGAACGAGAUAAUUAUACUUAUUAAUUGUAUUGUUGAUUAACUUGUUAUUGCCUAUGAAAAUUAUAAUAAAUAUUAUAACAUUUGUCA